ACUCACGCAUGUGGGUGUCCAGUGAUUGUGGGCCAAUUGUUAUCUAAAAGUAACAGUUUUAUAUAUUUUGGUUAUGCCUAAACAUUGCUGCUGUUGACAUUUCCAUUUCCGAAAACCAACAAAUAUGGCUGAACGUUCCCUGCGACAGAGAGUCUCCAACCUUCUUCGCGCCAAGCGACAUAAAGUCAGAGAUAAUAUGGAAGUGGCUACAAUCAGCGGGAAUGAAGUUGGUGACGAGCCAAUGGAAGAGACAGAGACCACGUUUGGCUCCAAUGCUGUAGGCAGAAGUGAAAGCACCAGAAGCACGAGCUCACUUGAACGUACAGACUAUCUGAAUCGCACGACAGCUCAAGUGAAAAGGUCGUACAAUUCUUUGCCAGGGAAUUUCGUUCUACGCGGUACAUCCGCUUUUAAAUCGCGAAAUAAAACUGUAGAAAACAGACAGAAGUCUUCAGGUAAGACCUAUCAUCUGUGUUUCUGCUGUUGUGCGCAAGUUGAAGACGAGCCAUAUUCAGAAUUAGAGGAGACUAAGUUUGAAAUGCUGGCCAGACCUCAUAUAGACACGGAUUCAAAAAGCUGCACUGGAUCUUCUCCUGGCUUAAGUGAAACCACAUUGGCGGAAAGGGUCCCCGGUAGCGAUGAUCGGAUGAGACAAGAAGCUAUUGAAAACAUGACACGUCCGCCCCUUGGUGACCACCCCAGCCCUCUCGAUGGUCCAAGAGUUAUUGAUGGGGCCUGGGGCGGUGCUAGCGCCAUCUUGGACUGUGGGGUGGGACCCAUUGUUGUGGUUACUGAGGCAGCCAGCGUGUAUAGUGUAAACAUCCCCUUAAUUGUGACUAGUGCGGAGGUAGAGAUCUGUACAGACGAGUUACAGGGUGACUUGUGUAGCGUGGUAGUGGAUACAGAUUACCUAUUCCCCAACCGAACCAUGGACCAAGUUGAAAGCGAUAGCCUUGGAAAAUUGGAAGUUCCAACGUUGUCUCGAAGGUCUAGUCGCAGACAGUCUAUAUCCUCGAACUUUGAAUUGACCAGAUUUCGCAAACGAAAACUGAACAAUGAGAAUGACGACAUCAGUAAUGACAACAACAGCGACACCAUCAGCGUACAGAGCUUUGACAUCAGCGGCAACGAGAAGAAAAAGUCCAAGAGAUCUCUGUUGAGAGUUUCAACGUCUUUAGUCAACUUGAUCUCACCAGGAAGACAUCACCAGAAGCAGCAACAAGAUCCAGAUGGCUUUAAAGUUCCUUGUUCACCUUCUCGUCAACCCACCUCCCCCUACAAGCCUCCUCAGCCCUCUCCUGCCAAAAGAAGACAACAGGUCAGCUGGGUGGACUCCUUUGCAGGGGGCCAAAAUGCCAAUACUUUGUCAGCCUUUUCCCACGUAGACAUCAAGAGGCAGGAGGCAAUUUAUGAGUUGUAUCAAGGAGAAAAAGAUAUGCUUGAAGAUUUAGCAAAUGUUGCUAAGCUCUAUCGAGACACACUGGUGACACUAGGGUUAAUGACAGCAUCUGAUGUCUGCACAUUGUUUGGAAAUAUAGACAAUCUGAUACCUGUACAUCGAGAUUUAUUAGACAGAUUAGAGGCUCAGAGAAAACCUGAUGGCACAUCAAUGAGUGUUGGAAAAGAAAUCCUUGAAUGGACCAAUAAACUAAGUGCCUAUGUUACAUUCUGUGCAAAUCAAAUUAAAGCUAAAGAAAUAUUUGAUGAAAAGAAAAAUGAGCCUGCUUUGAAUGAUUUCUACCAGCGAUGCCAGGCCUCCCCCUUCAGUAGGAAACUUGACCUCUGGUCACUACUUGAUGGUGCUAGAGGGAGGUUUGUGAAAUAUCCUCUUCUCAUCCGAAGCAUUGCCAAAUACACACUAAAUGAUAGAGAGGAGGCUGAGAACUUAGAACAAUCUAUUAAAGAAAUGGAGACAAUAAUUCAAGAAGCAGAUGAGGCAACUGGUCUAGCUAGAUGUGAACAUGCCAAAAGUUUACUUAUUUAUUUAUAUGAUGAUCAGAGAGUCUCAGCAAUACAAGACUCUCAGGCUUUUGUCUGUAGUGGAUGCAUGAAGAAUACAAAAGGAAGCAAACUCCAUGUAUUUCUCUUUGACAAAGUUCUGCUAGUAUCCAGGUCUUGCACACAAAGUGGCAAACAAAUGUAUCAGAUCUAUAGGCAGCCCAUUCCAACUGCAGAACUUCUUGUCCAAGACCUUCCAGAUGGUGAAGUCAAGUUGGGAUCUUUUCGAAAUGCAUUUGGUCAGGGAGGGCUAACUGGUAAAAAUGUCAUCCGCUUAUCUUUCAUGGACACUGAGAAAGGUCAAACUCACACUCUGAUAGCUAAUGAUGAGCAUGACAAGAGGCAGUGGAUGCAGGCCUUCCAUAAAGUCACAUCUAACAUUGUUGUUGUACCAGAGAGUAAAAACAAAGACAAGCCUUCAAGCUAACUUCCUGACCUCCAGUCAAUGUUUGUAGUCAAUGUUUGUGAAUACUUCCUGUUUUGGUUUGUCUGGGUUUACACUUAGGUCAAAUAUUGUAUGAACAAAAGAAAUAAGUAUCAAAUGAAAUGCCUUGAUCGUUUUCAUUUUGUUUUUAAUACAAAAAUAUUUUUUUUCAGAAUGUAACAUAUUUUAGAGAAAAUAAUUUUUAAGCCUAUUUUUAAAUGUUUGCUCAGUUUGUUUUAUACUCUUAAGCUUUAAUUCCAAAUGAUUUUUUUGGGGCAUGUUUUAUUUGUAGAUACAAAAUCUUUUUUGAUUUAAAUUAUGACUAAUGUAUGACUUUUGUUGCUGUUUAUAAGAUUUUCUAAGAAUUGCUCAUUACAAGUAUGCGUGUGUGUUAUGAGUUUAUCACCUCUGCUGCCUAAAAUGUAUUAUGUUUCUUUUUCAACAGUGUUACACCAUAGAUAAAUGUCCAAAAUGGAAAGAUUAUUAAAUAUACAGAACUUGUAUACUUAGUACAUGCACCUAUAGAGAUUGGGAAUUAUUUAUUAUAUAAUCAAAAGUUAACACUGAAAUAUGUAUAUUGGCACAUAACCUAUAAUUUAUUAACUUUAUAUAUAUCUAUUUAUAUAUAUAUAUUUAAAAGAAUAUACAAUAUACAUAAACAGCUAAAUAUUUUGUAAUAAUAAAAAUAGCCUUAGGGACACAUUAGUAAUGCUUAAAUCACAACAUAUCAUAUCUGUUAAUAUUUCUACUUUGAAGUGAUCUGGUCACAAAUAGAUUUGGUAUUUACCAACAUAAGCAUGAGAGAAUGGGCUGUGGAGAAAUAGAAAUCAAUAAGAUCCAAUCUUAUGUUUCAGCAUAAUGUUGUUUUUUUAUGAACAGAAUAUGUUAGUUGCCGUACCAUCACCUCUUAGCUGAUAUUACAUUUGUACAUAAAUAUCUCACACUGUAAAUAAUGUUUUGAAUUGCUGCUUGUUAAUGAUAGUAGCAGGUUGUUCUCUCUUGUGUAGGGAAUGACUUUGCAUGUUAUUUGUUGUCUGUUUUGUAUUCUAAAUGAUUUUAUUCAAAUCAAACAGUAUUUUACCAUUUCCUUCUUUUCAUCCUAAGCCUGCAACCAUGUUGAGCUACUUGAUUGAAUACAUUGGAUGACACUAAAUGUUAAGGAAAAAAAUAAGAUUUUUUAAACACUUUUGUGUGUGUGUGUGUGUGUGCUGUUGACCAUCUCUACAUUAAUGUAUUGGCCACUGUCCUUUGUGUACUCUUACUUGUAUAGGACAUGUACCAAAAAAUAUGAGAACAUUUUUAUUAUUUUUAUUUAGUAUUACCAAGUUUCUUCCAGUCCCCAGUCAAACUUGCCAUGCGGAAACUAAUUUACCAGUUUACGAACACCAAACUAGCCAAAGCAUUUAUGUUGUAUGAAGUUAUUCUAGAUUUGAAGCCAAUACACAUUUUUUAUACAUUUUUUUAAAAAAUAAAAGCUCUUGUAGUAAAGACUAACAGCUGCAUUUUGUAUUGAAUGUAUUUUAUCAAAGCCUACUUCAGUUCCUUCAAUGUAUGUUACUUAAGACUAUAAAAUCCUAUGUCCUGAUGUGAUAGCUAACAGCAUACUGAAUAAACUAACUCAUUUUUACAA